UUAAUAACGUGAGCUGAGUGACGGAGGAAACCACGCCUUCAUCGACAAGUUUAUAUUAAAUCUCAUCUGCUCUCCCUACAUCAUUUUCCCAGGUUCAUGACUCCUUCAGCAAUGGAGCUGCAGGUCACACUGAUCCUCAGCUGCCUGCUUUUCUCUACAGCGCUGGCACUGCAGUGUUACCUGUGCGUACCUGGUCCUUCAGGAAAUUGUGAAAACACGGUGAUGGAUUGCCCAGAUCAGUGCGGCAGCAUGACCUUAACCAUGAACAUAGGUGGUACGAUUAAGAACAUCAGUACGAAGUCUUGCAUGGCAGCGACAGAGUGCGUCAACGGGAGUGUAAACCUAGCAGAUCUGAUGAGCAUCGCCAAUACGAAGUGUUGCACUACUGACCUCUGCAACGAAGAAACACCGCCAGCUCUAACAAAUCAGCCCUCCAAUGGACAGAGGUGUUACGCUUGCGCUGGAGAGACGUGUAGCGGGGAUUGUCAGGGACGUGACUGCAUCAACACAUUAGGUGAAAAUAAAACUGUGGAUUGUGUAGGAAAUGAAGAUCGCUGCAUUAAUAUAACAGUUAGUGCAUUUGGAUUUACAACAUCUAUGGAAGGAUGUGCAACCAAAAGUGUUUGUGACUCGGCUCCAGCCAGGAAUUUGAUGGGAUUAGGUAUAGCUACAGAUGUGCAGUGUUGUGAGGGGUAUCUGUGUAACAUAGCUGAGAGCAACACACUGAGUUUCCUCGUCAUGCUCAUCCCUCUGCUUUCCUCCAUCAUUUUCUACUGAGACUUUUUUUGGAUAAAUUUUUCAUUUAAAAGUUUCUGAAAAAUAAACGAUGAUGAUUAACACUAUGAGUCUACAAGGAGCCAUUUUAAUAUCUUUUACCAGUCUAACAGUGCUGAAAUUAACUGGAUUGUUAUUUCAUGAAAGACAAAUAAAAGGUAAACAUUAUGUCAAAUGUGCCCCACCCCCUUUAUUUUCCUUUUAAAUAUUCCAUAUUUCAUAUCCAUAGUUUCAUGAAGUGUUGCAUCUUUGCAGCCAGGCUCAGGUUAUGGCAAUAACAAAUGUGGCCCAACUGUAUGUCAGCUACAAUCAAAAUUUUUACAGAUUUUGGAAUCUGAGUCAAACACAAACAAUAUUUGUGUAUCUCAAGCCAGCGUACCAUAUCUAAAGCCUGAGAUAUGGCCGUAUCACCAUUAUUAUGUGACUUUGAGUUGUUGUUUUUAUGGCAGCAAGGUUCAGAAAAAUUCAGUGCCAUUUUCCUACAGCAGUACGUGGGCAAGACUAGAGAUAAAUGUGGAAAGAUAAUGUGCCAUUAUUCAUUACCUGGAGUGAGUCACAGUGAAGGACAUGAAGUAUUCCAGGAGCAGAGUUGGGUUUUUUUUUUUCAUUUUUAAUAUUAGAUUAAAUAUAAUAAACUAAAGUAAGGCAGUAUCUAAUGAUUAACAGUGUAUUCAUCAUUACUAUCAUGAGAUUCUUCAGCUCAAUUAGGGUAAAGGAAUGUUUAGUGAAAAUAUUAUAAUUAAUAAGAAGAAGAAGAAGAAGAAGAAGAAGAAGAAGAUUUUGAACAAUUAAGUUGCGGGGAUUAGUCAGAGAAGCAAUGCUACCAGAACCAUGCUUCACAGUGUGAUGAGCAGUGUCGGGUUUCUGCCAAACGUAGCACUUUGUACCAAGGGGAAAAAAUGUUCAGUUGUGGUUGCGUCAGACCAAAGAAUCUUCCCAAAUGUUUGCUCGAGUUUGUCUUUUGGCAAACUCCAAAUGGAAUAUCACAUGAGUCAGCACUCCUUUGUGGAGUGUCCAGGUUAUGUUUACCCUGUGAACAGCUUUUGCCAUCUGAGCUGUGGAUCUCUCAAGCUCACGAGAUACACUUGGCCUCUCACUAGAUUCUCUGACCAAUCACUAUUUUCCUUUAUUUAUUUUUUUUAAUGGACUUAAUCAUGCUCUGUUGGAUGUUCAAAAAUUUGUUUGUUUGUUUUUUUUUUUUUACAACCACCCGCUGAUUAAAACUUUUCCUGUCCCAGACUUAUUUUGCUAGCUCUAUGGACUUCAUGACGCAGUUUGUUUAGGUCUGAUCUUUUAUCUAUUUAUUUAUACUGAGAUCACAUGAUACUUUCACACACCUCAACUCCUUUCAACUAAUGAUGGGACUUCUGAUGGCACAAUCACAUCUUUCACCAUUUUUAAUUAUAAAUCAUUUUGAACCUGAAGCCUUUCCACUCACUUCAAUAUAAUUUAUUAUUUUAUGUAGAUGAAUGCCAUACAGUACUGUACAAUCCUAAUUAAAUCCAUUUCAGUUCCUGGUUGUAGCACUAUAAAAUGUGACGCUCAUACAGUAUCUGUGCAGGUAGUUAUUUAUGAACUGAUUCCCUCUGGUGGAGAAAGCAGUUAUCUAUAUCUGCCUGAUGCCACCUUUUAGUUUAUGGCCCUUAAGUUAUACUGUAACUUUGACCUGGUGAACUGUGCAUAAAAUCUGCUGACAGACAUCAACACCACAAAUAUACUCGACAGCUGUAUGUUCUUAGGGUUUUUUUUUGUUUUGUUUUGUUUUAAAUAUAUCUCAUUUUCAAACUCUCCCACUACCUGGGAUAAAAUGGAAUAAAGGAUUGAUUACAGUGAGGGUAAUUUUUUUGCUGAGCUGCUCGGAUCAAUAAAAUUGACAAUGAAGUUUGGACAGAAGAUUUGAAACUCAACACAGAGGCAGUUUGAGGAAAUGGCUGGAAGGGACCAUUUUUCGGAAAAAGAAUUUUUAUGUCCUGUUUGUCAUGACUUUUACAGAAAUCCUGUUCUACUCUCAUGUAGCCAUAGCUUGUGCAAAACUUGUAUGCAGGGGUGCUGCGAAGCCAAAGAAUUUCUAGAAUGUCCAGUCUGUAAGAGAAAAUCCUCUAACCUGGAUCCUCCUCUGAACCUGGCGUUAAAGAACCUGUGCGAAUCGUUCUUGGAGUCCCGUCAUUACAGACCUUCAGUGGCAUCUGAUGGCCUCUGCAAGCUGCACACCGAGAAACUCAAGCUCUUCUGUCUGGAGGAUCAGCAGCCUGUGUGUGUGGUGUGUCAGACCUCAAAGAAACACAAAAAUCACGAGUUCUGCCCUAUAGAUGAAAUUCUGAAUGACGUUAAGGAACAAUUCAGGGCUGCUUUGGAGCCUCUACAAAAAAGUCAGACCCUCUGGAAAAUUGCUAAAGAAAAUUACAACAGAGCAGCUUCACACAUUAAGAGUCAGGCCCAGUGCACAGAACGACAGAUGAAGAAGGAGUUUGAGAAGCUUCAUCAGUUUUUAAGAGAUGAAGAAGCAGCAAGGAUAGCUGCACUGAAGCAGGAAGAGGAGCAAAAGAGUCAGAUGAUAAAGAGGAAGAUCGAAGAGAUGAAUCACGAAAUAGCCCGUCUUCAAGACAUAAUCAGAACAACAGAGAAGGACAUGGGCAUUGAGGAUGUAGCAUUCUUAAAGGAGGUCGGGAUCAGAGUGAAACAAGCUCAGUGCACAAUAAAGCAUCCACAGAUGGAUAUGAAUAUGCUGAUCAAUGUUUCUAAACACAUUUCUAACCUGAAGUUCAGAGUCUGGGAGAGUAUGCAGCAGGUCUUCGAGUACACUUCUGUUACUCUGGACCCCAACACUGCACAUUCACAGCUCUGUGUGUCCGAUGAUCUCACAACAGUGGAACACAGAAAAGAGGAAUUACUGCUUCCUGAUAAUCCGGAGAGAUUCGAUGGUGUUACAUGCGUCCUGGGCUGUGAGGGCUUUAACUCAGGGUCGCACUGCUGGGACGUCGAGGUUGGGGACAGUAAUAUCUGGGAACUGGGUGUGAUUAGAGAGUCUGCUCCAAGAAAGAAGAAUUCCUUCUGUAAUGCGGUGUGCAGCAUGAGCUACAAUAAUGGAAGUUACCACAUGCUCUGCCCGGAACAGGCAGGUCACAUUUUCAAAGCUAAAGCCAAACCACAGAGGGUCAGAGUGCAUCUGGACUGGGACAAGAGGAAAGUGACAUUUACUGAUCUUCUAACCAAUACAUGCUUGCACACUAUAACACAUACCUUCACUGAGAGAGUGUUUCCAUUUUUCUAUAACCGCUCCCCAUCUCGGCCUCUGAAGAUCUUACCAAUCAACCAGAUAGUAACAGUAAAAACACCUUUAAACACCACAGAACAGAAACAUCAUCACAAUCUCUGAAACUCCAAACAAUUUAAAGUAAUCUUUAAAUCAUCAAAGUUGUUCUAGCUAAAUAUGACAAAGUGGAGAAGAACAAGAGCAUUUCUUCACUAGAGCUGGUGACGGAGAACCUGGAUGAUCUUCAGAUCCUCAGUUUAAACCUUCUUGAUUGCUAUGAAACUUUGAUUUGGCUUUGAAUUUAUUUUAUAUAUAGAUCCACUUUUAUUCAUAAAGAUGUUAUAUUUCAUCUUGUAAUAAUGUCAAGAUUUAAAAACAGUAAUAAUGAAGGGAUAAAUGAAUCAGUAGAAUCAUUUAAGGUUAAAUAAGCGUGUAUCAAGGUGGGAUUUAGUCAUGAUUUUUAUACUGUAUGUAUCUCUGAAAUAUGAUUCAGUUAAUGUUUCAGAUUUUUUUAAUCAUCCCUUUACUAGUUUUAGUUCCUACUGUAGCCUGAUGAUCUCUUCAUAUAUCAUUAAUAAAGGUUAAAAGAGAAAUUGUAAUUAUUAUUCCUUAUCUUUCUGUGUAAAAUGUUAAAGACAACCUACAAUGAUCGAACAAUGUGCAGGCAUGUCAUGUGAUCUCACUGCACAUCCUAUAAUACAAUCAUUUUUAUUCUAAUAUUCAAAAUAAAUAAAUAAAUAAAUAAAUACAAUUGAAACAUGUUUGUCUAAUCUAUGAAAAGUCUACACUUGCAAAUAAAGUUCUAGGUAGAUCUGUGUGAUUUUGUCAUUAAUAUCUAUUUUUAAGAGCUACAUUUUUUGACAGCCAAAAAUAUCCCAUAUAGUUAAGCAGUCGUUUUAGUUCAACAGGCCCCAAUACCUCAAAGGGUUAUUUUUUUCUCACUUCUAAAAUUGUGUCUAAAAACUGUUUCUACUGGCUUCAUGUUUCUUCUGAAUAUUAGUGAUAAUGAUAAAC